AUGACCGCCGCGUCAGCGGUGGACCUCAGGCGGCUUGUGGCCUGCAUGUGGAUUCUCGGGCAGGACUGCGAGUUACCCAGAGGUGAUGAGAACAGUCGAAGGGACUUCAUCCUGCUGACGCUAUUAAAGCUUCAAUAUCUAAUUGAGCCGCCAUUAUUCACGUCUGAAAACGGAGAAGACGAAGCGGUGCAUCAUGGUGCCUGUAGUAGUGUGGCAAGUGACUCUGGUGGGAGGGUGGCCGCCGCGGCGGUGCGAGAGGCCAAAAGCCCUGCCAAAAAAUUGAAGUUACUCCAGCAAGUGACUACUUUCAUGCUGCAGAGAGUGGGAAUCGCCCUAGACCUGCGCGUGCUCUUUCGUGCUGAAGCAGACGCAGUGGCUGAGUUGCUGCGGCUUGCAGAGUCGCUCGCUGCGGCAGUACAACUGUCUCUCAAUAAAAAACGAGAGACCAGUAGCCAUAAAGUCAAAGAAAGAGGAAGCAGCUUCUCACACACGGAGCCUGGACGUGAAGAAGCCAGGGAACGCUCGCGGGCAAACAUCUCCGAAGAUUGCAAAGCGACAAUUCACACGGUGAAGUAUAGCGUGGAAGAGGUUCUCUCUUCGAUCGACCGCUUUUACGGGAAAGCACAAGCAGGAGAGAUAAAAAGGGCAGGGGAGUUUCUUCAGGCCUUGCUGGCCCAGAAGGAUGUCUCAGCCGAUUCGCCCGCACUAAGCAACAGGGGAUUGCUGGAGGAGCAGCUGAGACGGAGUCGUAGCGCACUGGCGAAUGUGGAAAAAAACAAUGACACCCUGCUCAGUCAGGUGCAGGAGCUGAAAGAGAGAAUCCGCGGAGAGGAAAGGAAUGCAGAGAGACUCAGCAAGCAGCUGCUGCUUCUGCGCCGUUCUCAUGUGUCCGGGGCUGCGUCUGAGGCGCAACAAGAGCUCGAGAUGCAAGAACAGCUGCGAGAGCUGUACAUACAAUACGCACGCUGUUCCGCUGUGUGUGACACCCUUACGGCAUCAGUAGAAGAUAUAGCGAGCCGCGCAGAGGCAGCUGCGGCACAGAACAGUCGCCGCCAGCAAGAAGCAAGACAGCAGUUGCUGCUGGACCAGGCCGCUACGAUUACGGCAACUGAUGCCCAAUCCAACGUAAGACAGAUAGACUCUACAAAUAACGCUACCUCGUUGCGGAAGACGCUUCCUUUUGUACUGCCCUACCCCACGCUCUUCGCGUGUGAUGCUCUUUCUGAGUCUGCGCAAACCGUCACUACCGUCGCUGUAUUCCCCAUGCAGCGCGUUGAUCAUUAUGAACAGGAACAGCAGAAACAGUGGCUCCAUUUCAUCGAUACUCUAUGUGGCGGAAUGACUGAAGACAUGGGCAUGACGCUUGCCACAUCUGAACAGCUGUGCACAGAAGGCAGCGAACUGGAUCUUGCAGCCAUAUAA